AUGGUUGAUAAGAAGGUAUGGGAACUUUUUAAUCGGGACGAUACAGAAGGUGAUGGCAAUAGUCAAAAUAUGACUAAAGGUUUAGGUGAAGAUAACCUUUCUUCAACGGAUAGUGUCGAAGAUGAAAAUGAUGAUGAAAUUGAUCCCAAUAUGUGCAUAGAAUGCAAGGAUAUGGCUACAGCAAUACUAUGUGAGGACUGUAAGGAGCAUUUUUGUGUUGUAUGUUUUGAGAUGCUUCAUCGAGGUGGCCGAAGGAAGAAGCAUAGGUACUUAAAACUUGCGGAUGAUGAGGCCGAUAAAAAGGAUAGUGUAGAAAAUGGUGGGAAUUCUGGGGAUGAAGACCAGAUGGAUGAAGACCCCAGUCUUGUGGCUUCCCCUAGCUCAGUUGACGAACAAAUGUUGCACGUGAUAGAGGAACAUGCAAACUACAUUCCGAUGAGGUUAACAUUUGAGGAGCGUCAUCUGUUGAGGUUGCUUGAGGCAGCACUCAAGGUGUCUGAGUAUACUGAUAGAGUGGAUAUCCUGUCGCAUAAGUCGCGGGGAAGGAGAGUGGUGGAGCAGUUGAAAGAAAUGUGCUCCUUGUUGUGUGGAUUAGUGAUUGCUACAGAUUUGAAGGUUGGACAGAAGCUGUUGGAAAAUAAGGAGCUUCAUGAGAACGCUGACUGGUUCCAGGCCGUAUUUGAAAUUGGCAGGCGGUACAAGAUCAUGAACCCAGAAAGAAUGAGAGAUACUUUUGGGAAGCUUGCGUACAUGAUUAUGGACUCGAGACUACCGCAAAUUGAGGAACACAUGGGCUUCCAUUUGUACAAGCCUAUCAAGACAGUGCGUUCCUAUUUGAAUGAUCCUGCGGACGGUGGGAAGGCCCUCGGUUUGCUCAAAAACAAGUUGCUCUUGUACGCAACCGCCCAUAUUGACCCGAUUGGUAAGACGAGAGCUGAAAUCAAUAGGCUAGUCAGGAUGAAGGAGGACGCAAUUUCCAAACUUGCUACAAAGUAUAGCAGCUCGGUUUACUCCAAGGAUGACAUUUGUCAGGUAUUAUACUCGAUUGGAGACUAUAACGCCUUUGUUAAAAUGAAUAGAACUCCAAUAGUACGUAUGUUGGAAAGGCUAAACCUAUUCUCGCAACCAGAGAUAGCUGCAAAGUACUCUAUUGGUAUCCAGUAUGGAAGAAACGGUGCGCGCUUAACACAUGACCACGAGCGUCACUGGCACUAUGCUCAGCAGUCUUUGAAUUUGUGGUCAAUUAUCCAAAGGGAAAUGAUACAGCUGUGGUAUCUCGCUGACAAGGAUCUCUUUGAUGGUUCUUCGUAUCGCCUAUCAUCAACAGGCCAGGGUUUGCAUCGUAUUAAGGCCUGUCCUGCAUUAUAUAAGAGGAUGCACAACAUCAUCAAUGAAUGCAAAGCAAAAUCCGGCACCUGGGUUGGAUCCUCCGUGGUUCAUCUUGGUGAUGACGCGGUUCCAAAUGCAUUAUUCUUCUUAGACAAAUAUACCCAAGUGCCAAAUAUUCUGAUCCCAUUCGACCAAACUUUACUGAAGAUCGACGAGCUAGUCAAAAAUGACCCGAUGAUCUUAGAGUACAUCAACAAGCAGUACGGUAGCGUUGAAGAUCUGAAGUUAACAAUUCUUCAAGACGCUUUUGCCCAUAUGUUCGAUGGAUCCGGUGCAGACAACUUCUACAUGAGUGGCUCGUGUAUCGAUGGUAGAUUAACUUCGGCCUGGAAUCACACCAACCAAAUCUCCAAAAAACGUUAUUAUAGCAUAUUCCUACUUACCGGAUUCAUUGGCUUCAACGGCAGUGAAGGUUUCUAG